GCUGCUGUGAUUCACUUGAAAGCAGAUCUUGAUGUGCGGCUUUAGCCAAAGAGGAUUUGAGGUACAGGCUCACCAACAAACGGGAAAUAUGGACGCUGGUUAUUAGGAUCUCAUCCCACGCUCCUGGAAACCGCUGUUUUGUUCCUUUUCUGCCUCUUCAACCAACUAUUUAGGGUCCCGCAGAAGUAGAGGUGUGCGCGCGAAGGUAAAAGAAUAAAAAAUAAAUACUUUGUUUUAAUUCUAAGGAAUUAGCGUGACUGACUAUGCUGCAGGAAUGCACGAAUUAAUUACACAGUAAUUAUUUAGCGCCGAGUUUGUGGACGGACCUGCUCCAGGAAACGAUGUGAAGGAUGCUCUGAGACGAGGACUGCCUUGAUGGACAAACCGCUUCUUUCCCUGCAUCUUAUCAGCCAACGUUGCCUCUUUGCUACUGAGGAUGCGGGGUUGAAAAGCCCUGAGCAAGGCUUCCAGUGACUUGCCAAAUAAUACGAGCUUGAACAUGAAGAUUAAAGCUGCCAUUUCGACUCAAGUGAAACCGUGCAAACAAUAACUGGCACCAGAACGGACUGUUUCGUAAUUACACAGAUAAUGCUAAGUGUGCCCACUGGAUAUCUGGAUUUCUGUCACUUUGCUUCAGCUAAGUAUGGCAGCAAAGACCUGUGAGCAGUUCAAACGGUUUUAGUGGGAGCAGUGAGAGGUUUGGCUGUUGGCCUGGACAGCAUGAAGUGUUUGUGCCAGAAUACAAAUGUUGGCUAAACCCAGUUAUUUGUAAAUCUACGCUAACGUUUUGAAUCCUACUUUACAAUGCAGCAGUUUACACUUCUGUGUGUCAGCAUAGACAGCCAACUCUCACAGUCAACCCAAGACACGUUUAUUCAUAAUCAAAGGAUCCUAUAAGUAAAUUAUACUAAGAAUUACGCCUACAGAAAUCCAUAAUCACACAAUGGUUGUACAAAAGCUGCACAGUACCCAUUUUAUUUGGGUUGGGCUUCUUCUUUUCUGCUUUGUGGAAAUAAGCACCUGUCUAGAGUUUGCAGGUGCUGAGGGACAGUGGGCGAGGUUCUCGGUGUGGAACGCAUGCUGCGAAAGUGAAAUGAGCUUCAACAUGAAGACAAAGAGCUCCCACGGGCUGUUAGUUUACUUUGACGAUGAGGGAUUUUGUGACUUUCUAGAACUUCUCAUACUGAACGGUAAACUGAGCCUGCGCUUCUCAAUCUUCUGCGCUGAGCCAGCGACCGUUGUGUCAGACACGGCGGUCAACGACAGCCAAUGGCACACGGUCACGAUAAGGAGAAACUUUAAGAACACAACCCUCACUGUGGACAACGAGAUCAAGUGGGUGGAGGUGAAAUCGAAAAGACGAGACAUGACGGUCUUCAGCCCUCUGUUUGUCGGUGGAUUACCUCUGGAGUUGAGGUCUGUGCCGCUGCGCCUGACGUCAGCCGUUGCCAAGGAUCAGCUGCCUUUCGCUGGGUGGAUAACAGAUGUAAAAGUCAACAAUGCGGAGUCUGAGAUGAUCACCAGUGAGAGGGUUGUAAUGGACAUCUGUGGUAGAGCCAACAUGUGCUUAAAUGGAGGAGUCUGCAGUUUAAUUAACAACGAACCAACGUGUGACUGUUCAAACACGGGCUUCCAAGGAAGAGACUGCAGUGAAGAAGACGACAAUACUGAAGGUCCUGCACACCUGAUGAUGGGCGAGCAAGGGCAGAGAGGGGAAGCUUGGCUUGUAAGGUCCCUGCUGAGCAUUCAAGGAAAGGAAGAAUACGUGGCAACCUUCAAAGGAUCCGAGUUCUUCUGCUACGACUUGUCCUUGAACCCAAUUCAAAGCAGCAGCGAUGAAAUCACGUUGUCUUUCAAAACUCUUCAGAGGAAUGGACUGAUGCUGCACACGGGAAAAUCAGCUGAUUACGUCAACCUGGCGCUGAAAAAUGGGGCUGUCUCACUCGUCAUUAAUUUGGGGUCUGGCGCCUUUGAAGCUCUUGUGGAGCCAGUCAAUGGGAAAUUUAAUGACAAUGAUUGGCACGAUGUCAAAGUUACAAGGAAUCUACGUCAGCACUCAGGCAUUGGACACGCUAUGGUAACGAUAUCCGUGGAUGGGAUUCUGACCACCACAGGGUAUACACAAGAAGACUACACCAUGCUAGGCUCUGAUGACUUUUUCUAUGUUGGAGGGAGCCCUAGCACAGCUGACCUGCCCGGAUCUCCAGUUAGCAACAACUUCAUGGGUUGCCUCAAGGAGGUCGUUUACAAAAACAACGACGUGAGGCUUGAGUUGUCCAGGCUGGCCAAGUCGGGCGAUCCCAAGAUGAAGGUCCAUGGCACUGUUGCCUUUAAGUGUGAGAAUGUGGCCACUCUGGACCCCAUCACAUUCGAGACACCUGAAUCUUUCAUCAUUCUCAACAAAUGGAAUGCUAAGAAAACAGGAUCCAUCUCCUUUGACUUUCGAACUACCGAGCCCAAUGGUCUUCUACUUUUCAGCCACGGCAAGCCCAAGCAGCAACCAAAGGACUCCAAGACUCCCCAAACUCUUAAGGUGGACUUCUUUGCCAUUGAGAUGUUGGAUGGCCAUCUGUACUUGUUGUUAGAUAUGGGCUCAGGAACUACAAAGAGCAAAGCUGUCAACAAGAAAGUCAACGAUGGCGAAUGGUAUCAUGUGGACUUCCAACGAGACGGGAGAUCAGGUACCAUCUCCAUCAAUACGCUCCGUACCGCCUACACGGCCCCUGGGGAAAGUGAAAUCUUGGACUUGGACGACAAUCUCUACCUUGGGGGUCUGCCAGAGAACAAAAUGGGGCUGGUGUUCCCCACUGAAGUGUGGACAGCGCUGCUCAACUACGGCUAUGUGGGCUGCAUCCGAGAUUUAUUUAUUGAUGGACAGAGUAAGGAUGUCCGACGCCUGGCAGAGAUCCAGAAGGCUGCUGGAGUCAAACCCUCAUGCUCUAAAGAGCCUCCUAAACAGUGCUUGAGCAACCCUUGUCAAAACAACGGGAUCUGUAGAGAGGGGUGGAACCGCUACGUGUGUGACUGCUCCGGGACCGGGUACCUCGGGUGCUCCUGUGAAAGAGAGGCCACUAUCCUCAGCUACGAUGGCAGCAAAUUCAUGAAGGUGCAGCUUCCAGUGGUGAUGCACACAGAAGCUGAGGACGUGUCUCUGAGGUUCCGCUCCCAGCGAGCCUACGGCCUCCUGAUAGCCACCACGUCUCAGGAUUCGGCUGACACCCUGCGCCUAGAGUUGGAGAGUGGCCGCGUUCGGCUGACUGUCAAUUUAGAUUGUAUCAGGAUAAACUGUACCUCCAGCAAAGGUCCAGAGACUAUUUUUGCGGGUCAGAAUCUGAACGAUAACGAGUGGCACACCGUACGAGUGUUCAGGAGAGGCAAGGGUCUGAAACUGACGGUAGAUGAUCUGCAGCCUGUAGAAGGUCAAAUGGCAGGUGACCACACCCAGCUGGAGUUUCAUAACAUAGAGACAGGCAUAGUGACGGAGAAGCGCUUCAUGUCCCUGGUGCCCUCCAACUUCAUCGGCCACCUCCAGAGCCUCGCCUUCAAUGGCAUGGCCUACAUAGACCUCUGCAAAAAUGGUGACAUUGAUUACUGUGAGCUCAAUGCCAUGAUCGGCUUCAAGAACAUCAUCGCCGAUCCCGUCACCUUCAAGUCGCGCUCCAGUUAUGUGACGCUCACUACUCUGCAGGCCUACUACUCCAUGCACCUUUUCUUUCAGUUUAAAACCACCUCCCCCGAUGGCCUGAUCCUGUAUAACAGCGGGGAUGGAAACGACUUCAUCGUGGUGGAGCUGGUCAAGGGUUACCUUCACUAUGUGUCCGACCUGGGGAACGGAGCCCAUCUAAUCAAAGGCAAUUCGAACAAACCUCUAAGCGACAACCAGUGGCACAACGUCAUCAUAUCCAGGGACACCAACAACCUCCACACUGUCAAGAUUGAUACCAAGAUCACAACACAGACAACCACAGGAGCUAAAAACCUGGACUUAAAAGGGAACCUUUACAUCGGUGGGGUGGCUAAGGAGAUGUAUAAGGAGCUGCCCAAACUGGUGCAUGCCAAGGAGGGUUUUCAAGGUUGCCUGGCAUCUAUGGAUCUGAAUGGGCGCCUCCCAGACUUGAUGUCCGACGCUCUGGACUGUGUGGGGCAGAUAGAGAGAGGCUGUGAAGGUCCCAGCACUACCUGCCAAGAGGACUCGUGUGCCAACCAGGGUGUGUGUCUUCAGCAGUGGGAGGGCUUCAGCUGUGACUGCAGCAUGACAACGUUUGGAGGACCAUUGUGCAACGAUGGUAGGAUUCCUUGCUCUAAUUCUUUACUCUUUAAAUAAGUUUUGAUCAGUUCAACACACGUAUAUUUUGCAUUAUAGGAUUGUUUUAUCCAUUUUUUGUUUCAUAAUAAAAGGUGGGUAUAUUAACUCCUCUAUCCUCAUGUUCACUGUUGGUUUAAGGCUCUGAUUUAAUUAAUUUACACACUUUUAUUACAAAUUCUUAAACAAUAAGAUACAAUUCCAAUCUUGCUAUUUAAACUGCUUGAAAUAAAUACAAUUAAACCAUUUUAUUUUUGGCUUUCUGACUUGAAUGUAUACGUUUUGCUGCUUGAGUUGAUUAUUGGGGAGAUUCUGCUAAACAAACCUUUAUGUGUAUGACUGGUAAAUGGAAGUUCAGAAACACACCACUAGAGGGAGCAACACACACAUGUUCUGCUAAGAAAAGUAUUAUUUGAUUAUAUUGACAUAAACACUUAUCUUUAUGGUCAUUAUACCAGAAUUAUUAUUAUUUUUUUGCCUUGGUUGUUGCAGCUGCAGAAGCUUUUCUGAUGUAAGCUUUGUAGUUUAUUAGAUUAGAUUAGAUAUCUUUAUCUAUGCAUGUUAUUUAUAUGUAAGGCUCUAGGCUCAGUAAUGCAAAUGACAAAGAACUGCUCCAUAUAAAAAAAAUCUGUAUGUUUUUAUGCAGCACUUGCAAAUGGUGGUUUUGUUUGUUCAUUAAUUUAUUCUGCAGCACUUCACACAGCAAGGGGCGAAUGGGCAGUGGGCUGCACUGCACUGAAAAAAGGAAGGAACAGAGUGGACUAUUCAGUAAUGUCAGAGAAAAGCAGCAUCAAAAUCAAUGCAUUCUGUGUUUGAUAAGGUCCUGUCUUUUGUUACUAGCAGAUUGCAUUAUUAGACUUACACUCUGAACAGAUCUACAGUCAAUGAGAGCACUAAAAGAAUUAUUCUGUCUGUAAAAUGCAAGCUUGAGAUCCCCCCUCUAUUCAUCUUCCUCUGCCUCUCAGUCCUCAAACCAUGUUUGAAAAAGGAAUUCGACCGUGCUCGGGGGAUGUUUUUGUUGGUGACCUUCAUAUGAACCUUUCUCAUGUUUUAAAGGGAUAAGAAAUGCAGAUUCUUAUUUAUUUUUACCUCCUCUCAUACAUAUUUAUAUAUUUCAGAGGUCAUUGGUAAUGGGAGCAAAAAGGCACAUGGGACAUCUUUAGCUCUCAUGGGAGGAAAGUGCACCACCUGCUGAGAUUGGUUAGCGAGUUAUUCCAGCUGCCCUAACAAACAAUGGGUUAGACCAGUUGGCCAGGUUAUGGGAUGCAAGAAACCACAAAAGCCAGGCUUUCCAAGAAUUCUCUUCCAUCACACAUCGUCUAAGCUAGUUCACAGAAAAGUGAUGCAAGACUGUGCUGCAGAAACUGAGACUUUUUUCUGUGUUGAUAGAUUGUCACGGGUAUGAAAGUGAAGAGAACGAGAGGAGCAUCCCAGGAAAAAACGUUUAUCAGAUAUUAGCAUAAGCCGAAAUGCAGUCAAUUUACAAU